AUGUCAGACUCCAGGCUCCUCGCUUCCCUAUCCCGCACCUCCAUGCAGGACGCCAUCGACCCAGACGUCCUGCAGGAAGUCCUCUCCAAACCACCUUUCAUCAGUCUCCCUGGCGUCAUGAACGUUCGCGACUUGGGCGCAUACACACCCGGGUACAUAAAACCAGGCGUCAUUUACCGCUCCGGCACCCUCGACUACAUGCCAGAGGCUACGCGACCGCUCCUCCGCAGUCAACUCGGCAUCUCUAAAAUCUUUGACUACAGACGCAAAGCGGAAGCCAAACAACCACUCUGCGACGUCGAGGGUAUAGAACUUCUUUCAUGUCCCUUCAAAGACGGCCAGGUAGAACAUGUGGAUGUCGAUUUGCCCUCUUUUGUCACCACAGAGGGAGUCGUCAGCAAGGGAUACCGGGACAUGUACGAUGUUAUCCUGGAUGGAUACACUACUGGGUACAGGAAAGCGUUUGAGGCACUGAAAACAGCCGACGAGAACCACGCCAUUCUUUAUCACUGCACAGGUGGUAAGGACCGCACUGGUGUCCUAAGCGCACUCAUCUUGGACAUCAUGGGCGCACCGGCUUCCAUCAUCGCAGAGGAGUAUGCGCUUACGAGGAUUGGCCACGAGCCGUUUAGGGCAAAGUUGGGGCCUGCUCAGAUUCUAAGUUUUGCAGGUGCGGGUGCGGAAAUGGCGAAUAAGGAUGACUUGACAGCGGAGGAUGCGUGGAAUGUCCCUGGGGUGAGAGGGCUUUUGACCACGAAUGCUGAGGUCAUGGUGGAUUUUAUGCAGCGGUUGAAGGAAAAGUAUGGCUCUGCUGAGGGGUAUCUGAAAGAAGCGUUGGGAUUUGGGGACGAUGAUGUGCGCCAGAUUAGGGAUAAUUUGAAGCCAUAG